UUGGGGUUUCUAUUCUAUUCCUUGUACAACUACCAAGUGACAUUACUGGCAUCAGUCAAAUGUGGUCUUUCCUUCAUGUCUUCCCUUUCUCAGGGAGGAAAUUGUGUGAGAAUUUAUAUAAUAUAUGAUGGGUUUAUAUUAGCAAAGACAAGGUUGAAGAAGUGAACCUUCCAGUUGAAUGGAAGAUAUUGAGGAUUUUGUUAGUUCCUAGAUCCUGUGGAAGUUGUUUCCAGUCUUGGACUGAUUCCUAAGAAAGCUCUCUUGUACACAUUCUUGCUGUAGACAGUUCCAUUGUGCCAGAGGAAUGAAGUUGUCAUCCACAGUUCCUGUCCCAGCAUAUUAGAUGGCUUAUGUUACCCUUGAGUACAUGCAUGUGGGUUUGGGACAGAAAGGUUUUGCACUGCAUGUGAAGGUCUAUUUGCUCUCUCGCUGAAGUUUUUGAGCUUCUCCAUGGGUUUGCAGCACUGCUACUGCUGCAGGGGUUGGAUGGUUUCAGAGCUGCUCUUGUUGAUUACAGGUCCCUGUCCACCCAGGAAGUCACAAAUGGACUGUAGAAAUGUAUCUGAGAACAGCAAGGAGAUCUCCAACUCUUGUUUGGAGCCUGACUCACUGCUGCCCCCAGCAUCUGGCAGUGAUUCUUGCUCCUCCUCCUCAGCUGGACAACGAGUUGGGACAACUGCUGGGAGACCAGCAGCUGCAAAUGCUGCCCGGGAGCGUAGCCGAGUGCAGACCCUGCGCCAGGCCUUUCUGGAGCUGCAGAGGACCCUGCCCUCUGUCCCACCUGACACCAAGCUCUCCAAGUUGGAUGUGCUGCUCCUGGCCACCACCUAUAUUGCACACCUCACCCGUAGCCUACAGGAUGAGGAAGAGUUGCCUGGGGAGGGAUUGGGCACCCUGAGAGGGGAUGGCUACCUGCACCCGGUCAAGAAAUGGCCAAUGCGAUCCAGGUUAUAUAUUGGAGCUACAGGACAGUUUUUGAAUCACUCAGUGCAAGCAGAAAAUGCAAACCAAGGAGAAACAUCAACAAAUUCACAAAGCUAAUCUACCUUGUCCUUUUUGAAAAUUGUGAUAUUUAUUACACCAGAUAUAUUUAAGUUAAAACACAUUUUCAGACAAACUAUAAUUUCUGAUAUAUUGUUAAUGGAUGAGAGAGAAUUGAUUCUUAAAUGUAUGUAAAACCACAUCAAGUAAAUGCGAAAUUUAAUUUGUCCCUAGCAGUGGUGGAGAUUGGUGAUGUCCAAAAUGGGUGGGCAAAACUGAAAGACAAUUGCACUCAGAGCUAACUUAAAGCAGCAGGCAAUGCGGUGAUACUCUUAAUGAAUCAAUACAGAGUAGGUACUGU